CCAGCGCCGCACACGAACCAGGGCUGCAAGCCGUCCGUGUUUAUUUAGAUUCGUCCAGAUUAGAAAAGCAAACGUCUCCCCAGAUAAGCCCAGAGCCCACCACCACCACCACGACCAUCCGCAGAACAAAUACAGAAAUGCAGCGCAUUUUUCCGUCUCGAAAUCCAGUUUUGACGCCACCGCCGUUUGAUGGAUCCGUCUUGGGUCGUUUUUUUCGUCGAUUAAAGCGCGUGAGUUAUGAGCCGGAUCGCGAGUCGCGUGUGAUGGUCGUGAUGGUCGCGGUGGUGUCGGCGAGAUGCAAUUUCGUUGAUUGAACCGUGAACGACGGCGAUCUCUUUGGUGGGUUUUUAAAUAAAGAAGCCGACAUCGACACCGGACGGUCAGUCGGACUUGGACAAACGGCCUACCGCAACAGUGAACAAGAACAAUUAGUUGUCGGCAUGUGGACGACGUCUUUCGCGGUCGCCGUCAACCUCUUCGUGUGCGCUAUUGUUGCCGUGCCGACGCAGAAUGACGUUGUCAAGAGCUUUCAAGCGGCGGUGCAUCAACAGGACCUCCAAUCGAUUCUGACGUCGAUCGAAGAGCGCUUAAGGAACCUGGAUACCAUCUACUCCAUACACCUCUCCCAGAGCUUCGAGGAGAAGCUAGAACAAUACCAAAGAAAACUCGAGUCCAUCGACACGAAAAUAAUCCGAUUGGAAACGCUCGCGAUGUUAAAUUUAGAUAAAAUAUCCGAAAAUAUCAGCACGAAGAACUUCAAAGACGAUAUCGCGAGGACAAAUCUGGCGAAGAAGGUUGAUGCGGUGUACGAAGGUAUCAGUCAUAGAUUGAAUUACAUGGAUCGAAAGCUCGAAACGAGCUCGGGUAAACUGCAGGGGAAGCUGGAGGCGGCGCUGACCCGCUUGGAGAGGAUGGACGAGAGCUUCACGACUCGGAACGAAGAGAUAGAAAUUGAAUUAUCGGAUGCUCUGGCGGCCAUCGACGAUUUAAAAACCAGCUACGGAACGAUGGAGGAGAAUAUCGUCAACAACACCGACGAAAACUUCGAAAUCUCCCUGAAAGAGCAAAUGCUCUUAAUGAAAAGCUUCAACGACAAAUCCAACCAGGCAAUACAGGCGCUCUACGAAAACACGACAAGGGGUUUUGACAGGAUAGAGCGGAAGAUCGGAAUGGGAUUGGACGCUAUUAACGAAACCGAUCGAUUUUUGAAAGGCCUAAAACUCGAAGUGAAGCGGGAACUUAAUGAAUAUGCAAUAAAAGUGGCUGAAAUGAAUUCAGAAAACUGGAAGACGGGGAAUGUUCUAGAAAAUAAACAAAGCCACUUGGAAAUUAUGAUAAAUUCGACCAAAACCGAAGUCCAGAACGGGAUGCGGGCUCUGAUGCUCCUUAUCGGGAAAAUUUCAAACAAAGAACACUUACCACAAGCAGAUGAGUCCCAAAUUGAAAAACUGAAAGAAAAUAUCGACGCCAACUUCGAGAAGGUUUUCUCCGCCCAAAACCUCUUCAUGGAUAGCUGCUACCGCCUCCAAAUGGACGAGUCGCAAAUCGAGUCCAAAAUUAGCGACAUUUUGGAGAAGCUGAUCGAAACCUUUGACAAAAAGACCGCCGUCGAAACCAAAGACAUCAAAAACCUGGAAAAAAUCAUCAAAAGCCACGACGCCCACAUAACCCGCAGCCUGUACCAAACCAGCACAAACGUGGUCACGAUUUUCGGAAAAAUGAGCGAAGAUCACCGCCAGUUCGAGACCGACUUGAAGCAGGUCAGUGACCAUCUAAAUGCCCUAUUUUCCUUAAUCCAAGACACUCUGGCUGAUGAAAAUGGAUCGUUAUCGUCGAAAAAUGUAAAUUUAUUACUGAACGACUUGAAGGAAAUGGAAAAGAAAAUUACAUCGCUCUAUAAACAAGGCGAUGUUCUCACGAACUCGGUUGGGGAAAUAAAAGGAGUAGUGGAAGCUCUGCAUCGCGGAAAUUCCAGUCGACUCAUCGAUGAAUAUUUCAAAAACAUCUCGCAAGUAAUUGCCGGAAUGGAAGCUAAAAUAAAUACCGUUUAUCUUUAUUAUUAUUUUAACCGGAGCCGAAUCGACGCGAUUAAUCAGAAUUUAGCGCAGGAAUUGCGGCAGGUUUUGGAUGUCGUUAGCGUUAAUGAUUCGCGCGGAAUAUCGGAAACAAAUGUGACCGGGGAGUCCAGGGUUGGGAGUCUGGAGGAAAAAAUUAGCGAAAUCUUUGGACAACCGGAGGCUAACGAUACGAGAGGAAGCGGGGCUCCGGAUAAUUGCGCGCCGAAUUUGUUGAAUGCUAUUGACGUGCGGAGCGGUUCCGAUUGCGAGAAUAAUACUCCUGAAGGAAUUAAUCGGGACGAAAUGACGACGGAAACUCUGGAAAGCACGGUAAAGACUUCUGGAAGUGACGACUAUCAGGAGUUGGAUACGACUUGGCAACAAGUUUUAGAAUAAGUUUUGUGUUACUGUGUACUUUUUGUAUUAAAUUCGGUUGAUAAUAAAGUUGUUAUGACUAAAACUUA